AUGAUGCUGUUUAUCGAGAUAGGGAGACAUGAUAGUCCCCUUUCAACCCCUUUCCGUUACGGUGGGGGGCAUAGAGCUUCGAUAGGCUCAGGUGCGCAAUUCAGAGACAUGGUGACACUCAUGUUUAAGUUUUGGGCAGCGAUAGGUACGAGCUGGAUUUGGAUGUAUCUGUUGUACAAGGGCGAUGCCAGUCAUGAGAGUCGAGGCCUGCAUCAAAGAAAUAAGAAAAAAAAAGGGGGGGGUGGGGGGGGGGGUUCAACAAAGACGAAGACACAGAGCGUGAGAUUGGGAGUUGUCUCAGACAAAGAGUGGAAUUGUGAGAUUCAGGAAGCGAAGCCUCACUCCCUUUCUUCCCCAGUCAUGACGACCACCAUGGAUGUUUUUAUCGGUUCAUGGUCACUAACUUAA